AUGACAUCUGAGCCUGCGCGGAGCUUCGAAGAAGCAAUUUCUGUUGAGCCAUUAUCGUCGCACAGUUAUGCUCUUAACUUGCGUACGGAAUGGUGCAUUGGAACUGUCCCUCAUGGCGGCUAUAUAACAUCUGCCUUCUUCAACGUGGCGCGCGUUCCUAUGCGAAAUACACACCCUACUAUGCACAAUGGCUCCGCUGACCCGAUCACCAUGCACCUCACGUUCAUCCGGCGCACCGAAGUUGGACCAGCUACGUUCGACGUACAAGAUACCAAGCUUGGCGCGCGCACGUCGACACUACACAUCACACUCUCACAAAAGGACUCGAAUGGCAAAGUGCGCCACGAGGUUGCGGCGUACGUCACGCUCUCAAAUUUCGAGACCGAGGACGGCCCCACGAUGACCACGGGCUUCGAGAUCGUGCCCGCACCGGAGCCGGGGAGCGCGGGCCCAAAGGUGGAUUUGGGGAAGCUGGCGCGGGAUAGGAAAGAUGGCGCAUGGUCCCAGUUCGAGGUGGCCUUUACAUCGAUGCGGAAAGCGUCGAGACACAUUGAGAUAUAUACACCCACGGCGCCGCGCCGAGUCAAGCGUGGGUUUGUGGAGCAGUGGGUGCGGUUCAAGCCGUACGAUCAGGUAUCGCCGUGGACGGAUGAAACGCUGGGGUUCUUAGUGGAUAUGUUUCCGAUGAUGCUGGAGACGUUUGAUACGAAGCCGUGGACUGGCGCACAGAAGCCGGAGGCGAAGAAGCAAGCGAGCGAGUCGCGCAAGUAUUGGUAUCCCACGGUGUUAUUGAAUAUCGAAUUCAAAAAGAAGCUGCCUGCGCAAGGCGUGGAGUGGCUGUAUUCGCGAGUGCAAACGAAGGUGCUGACGAAUGGGAGGAUGGAUUUGGACAUUGUCGUGCUGGAUGAGGCUGGGGAUGUGGUUGCGUUGAGUAACCAUGUCGCAUUGGUUGUUGGUGCGGAGAGGAAUACCAGUGCGCGAGGAAGCAAUGGGAACGGGAAUGGGACGCCUAAUAAGUUAUGA